AAAGGUACAACAAUUAGAAGAAGGAAAAAAAGAUCUUUAAUAAAAGAUUCACUUUUAAUAUACAGUUCAGUUGCCAUAUAUAGAACAAAGGUUUUUCCUUUCUUAAUAGAAGGAGCUGAUUUUAACUUUUACAAGGGAUUAUAAAGGAAGAAUCGAGCCGAAGGGAGCUCUUCUGCUUUCGCUGAUCACCAUGAACAUCUUCAAGAAGAAAACCUCUCCUAAAGAUGCUCUCCGGGCCAGCAAGAGAGAAAUGGCUGUUGCCACCAGAGGUAUUGAGCGGGAAAUUGCAUCUCUUCAAUUGGAGGAAAAGAAAUUAGUCGCAGAGAUCAAGCAAACAGCUAAAACUGGAAAUGAGGCUGCCACCAAGAUCUUAGCACGUCAACUUGUUCGGCUACGGCAACAGAUAACAAAUUUGCAGGGUAGUCGUGCCCAAAUUAGAGGUGUAGCUACUCAUACACAGGCACUGUAUGCUAGUACUUCAAUUUCUACAGGGAUGAAAGGUGCAACUAAGGCAAUGGUGGCAAUGAACAAGCAAAUGGCUCCAACAAAACAAGCUAAAGUAAUAAAAGAGUUCCAGAAGCAGUCAGCACAAAUGGACAUGACGAUUGAGAUGAUGUCAGAAUCCAUUGAUGAAACUUUAGACAAAGAUGAGGCUGAAGAAGAAACAGAGGAGCUUACUAACCAGGUGCUCGAUGAAAUUGGUGUAGGCAUUGCAUCUCAGUUAUCUUCAGCUCCAAAGGGUCGAAUUGCAGCGAAGAAUGCUUCCAAUGUAGUUAAAAGUUCUGAAUCUCCUGAUGUUGAGGAUCUAGAGAAAAGAUUGGCAUCCCUGCGACGCAUCUGAUAUAGGAACAAGGUGGUCAGAACUGUUCAGCAGAGUCUCAUUCCAUGUAAAUUUUCUCGCAGAAAGAAUUAUAUGCAUGCAAAUCAGAAUUGUGUAUCACUAGGAUUGCUGUUCUUAUAUAUGUUCUAUAAACUAUAAAUAACAAGAUCUUCUAUAUCUAUCUCCUAUAAAAGAAAUAUUAUAAAUAUAUCCAUUUCACACUUGGCACUCAUAGUCUUGAUGAAUUUUAGUUUCUGUGUAUUUGUGUUCUUGAAAUAAUCUUAUAUGUUUCAAAAUGUAAUCUUUACGGAGCUCCUUUUUCGGUU